AUAUUCUCUUGCGUAAUAUUUUCCUUACUAUGUGAGUGAGACUGUUUUUUGUAACGAUUAAAAAUAUUGUCAACUGAUAAGCACUCUUGAUUUUAAAUAUUACAUCAUCUGAUAAUCAUACAAAAAGUGCUUCCAAAUCGAAACUUUCAAAGUGCAGAAGACAAAAUAUUCAAUCGUAGCACUUGAAUACUAUGAGCGAUAAAAUGAAAUUGUAGGAGUAUUUUACAACCAUGUCUUCAAAUCAAGAGUAUCAAAGUAAAUCUGGUGAGACUGAUUCUCCAAAUAUUAAAAAGGAAUGUUUAAGCAAAGACUAUGGAAUUUCACAAACUGUAACUCAACUUACUCCCAGUCACACUCAGAAACAUAAUCCAGAAAUUAAUAAAUGUUUCGCUGAGGAAAAAUUCUUCAAUACAACUACACCAAACAAAAAUUGUGAAUCAAGUCGUUCGCUUGAAGCUAAUGACCAAGAACAAAGCCAUAAAAUGAGUAAUCCGAAUGAACUACACGAAAGAAACCAAUAUACUCUAGAAGAUCUAUCUAGUUUUAUCAAUGAAAAUUCUCCAAGUGCUUACUUAAAAGAGAAAUUUGAGAAAAUAUCAAUAGAAAAUACAGACAAAUAUCAUAAUAUGUCCUUAGAAAUAAAAAAUUUAAAAAAGAAAGAAGAAUCUCUUGUAGAAGGUCAGAAAAACAUGAAACUAAUGUUAGAUAUGGCUUUAAAAAACCUAGCCGAUAAAGAGAGUUUAGUUAGAAAUCUUGAAUUACAAUUGAAAAUUCGGAGCGAUGAAUGCUUCACUUUAAAAAAGAGACUUAAGGAUAUAGUAAGAGGAAAAGUUUCAAAUGCUAUGGAAAUUUCUACUGGACUAAAUACAGAUUUAAUUAUUGAAGAAGAACAGCAAGAUAUGUGCAAUACAGGCAAUCACAAAUGCGAAGCAAUUAAAUUAUUACUGCGUUUAAUAAAUAUUUCACGGGAGUUAGGUCAACUCGGUGCUGAACAUGAAAAACAUUUAAAACUAGUCAAAGAGAAAUUUAAGAGCAGAUGUGAGCUAUUAAAAUUGCCAUCAACGUUUGUAGCAUCUUGUGGAACUGAGUAUGAAAGAAUGUUCGAGAGACAACAAGAUUCUAGGAAAAAAGUAGCUACUUUGCAAACUACAAUUGAGGAACUGCAAAAGUCGGCUAAUUUCCAAUAUUUAAAAUUAGCUAUGGAAGAUGGUGUCGAUUUAAGAAUUGAGUUGAGUGAUAAACGUUUCAACGAAAAAAAAUUGACGAAAAUUAUCGAGGUUUUGAAAUAUAAGUUGGCAGCCUUUAAAAAUUAUAUGCACGGGACGGAUGCUGACGAAUCCUCAUCCGAUGAAAUCGGUUGUGAGCUAGGAGACGGCAAUGAAAAAGAUGCAGUGGUAGAGCUAUUAAUGAAGAAAAACAAAAACCUAUAUAGCGGGAUCAAACGAAACUCUGCAUCUUUUGAUUUGCUCAAUAGAUGUUUAAGUCUUGAAGAAGAAAAUACACAACUUCAAAUAAAAAUUGAUUCGUUGGAAGCAAUAGCAGAAGCGAAAGAUUCUCCAGAGAUAGGCAAUGUAACAGAACAUACUAACUCCAAAUACAGAAUGGAUAUUGUAGAGGAGCUUAAAUGGGAAAAUUAUGAAUUAAAAUCGAAAAUAAAUGAUAUAAAUAAUCAACUUCAAGACCAUAAUAGUAAAGAGCGAGAUUGGAAAAAAGAAACGUUUCACCUAAAAAAGACAGUCGAAUCCUUGACUAAUAUUAACAGCAACCUAGAACAAGAAGUUUCACAGUUAAAAAUAUUGCACGAUGAAGGUCGACUUAAAUAUGAUGAAUUGCAGUAUUCUAUGAUUGACAUGCAAGCUCAGUUGACCGCAUAUGAGCAAGAAAAAUCCGAUGAUAAGAAAACUAAGAGCGUCGAAUGCACGUCUGGAUCGUUAACCAAAAAGAAAAAUUCUCUUCUUAAUGUUGCUAACGACUGGAAAAAUUAUUCCGAAAAUAGAACUACUGAGUCUAUAUCUGACUGCGUAAAAGCUGCUGUAGAAGAACAUAUAGAACAAAAGUAUAACGUUUACGACGACUCAACCUAUCUCCAGAAAAUUGAAAACAACGACGACUAUUUAUAUGAUACACAACUUGGUCUAUUUUAUGCUCCAGCCGUUGACAAGUAUUUCCGCCAUAAUGCGGAAGACAACAGCUACUCUAUGCUCCUUCCAAGCGAAGUUGGUCGUAAGGCUAGAGAGCCUCCCGUGCAAGAAAAUAGUGUCGAAGAAGACAAGGAAAGUGGUAUAAUUGAACGUGAACCGGUUUUAAUGAGAGAUUUACCAGAGAAAGAGGAUAAGAAUAAAAAAGAGGAGAAGGUGUCUCAGGAAAAGGAGCCUCCUGAAAAACGAAUGUGCAUUUCAGAAGAAGAUGAACAUAAAUGGCCUUCUUACGUCCGAAUCAUGGUGCAUAAAUCUAAUGUUUUAGAGCUGGGGACAGUGAUUGUAGUUGGUUCACAAGGUGGCCUAAUAGGUAGUGGCGUGAAAUGCAUCAUCCGACUCAAAGACAUUGAUGUGGAACAUCUUGAAAUUGCUUUUGAUAAACGCUUAAAAAGAUACACUAUGGUAGAUAAAGGAAGCGAUAUUGGAACAUUUGUAAAUAAUAAAAGAUUAGGAGAGUCAGGGAAAGUCAGUGAACCUCAGAUAAUAAGUAACAAGGAUUUAGUGCAAAUUUCGGACUCAGUCUUCGAAUUUCAUGUUCAUUCCGGUCCCAACACUUGUUUAGAAUGCGAACCAGGUGUUGUACGAGCCUAUUUGUUGGACAAAGAAAAAACUAAACCAAAACCUGGUCCAAAAUCUGCAAGAAAAAAAUUUUAUCAAGAGAUGAAAAAGAAAUACGGAUUAGAAGUAUGAUAUUUAUCAUGUAACAGAAAACCGUAAAAUAUACUUAGUAUUCUUGACUGUAGGGUUACCUAUCGCCUGAAAGAGAAAAAGGUGACAUUUACAUUGAUAGAGCACAGGAGAGAAGAAAGACAGUCGGGAGUGAUAAUCCCUAUCAGAAGCUUGAUGAAGAGGAAGCAGCUUCUGUCGACAAUCCCCUGCCUGACACGAACAUUGGACGUAAAAUGCUUUUGAAAAUGGGUUGGACCGAUGGGGAAGGUUUAGGUCAAAGUUCUAGAGGCGUUACAGAGCCGAUUCAGACUGAAAAAAGAAUCUCAAAAACUGCUGGUCUUGGUUCAAAUGACGGUAACAAAUCAAUUGGUAGAGACGGUUUGCCAUCGUCUCAAGAUAAAUGGGUUAAGGCUCAAAACCGAUAUAAGUCGCUCCAUGAGAAUAAUCGUCAGCGAGACGAAAAUACGAGUGCUUUUGUAGCAGGAGAGGUUUUAAAUCCAGCGAAAAAAAAAAAGUAAGCAUAUCGUACUCAGAAAUGAUUUAUUCUACUUAUAUUAUUGUAUGACAAUUGCCAACGUUCAUUUUACCACACAACAGUUUUGUUACCAAAAAAUUGAAGAAAAAAUAAAUACAUUUAAGUUUAUUAUGACUAUCGUACAGACUAAUUUAAGACACCCUGGGGACGGUUAGAUAAAGUAGAUCAGUUAGCCUAAGUAACUUUUAUUGAUGAACUCUAGAUGGCUCUGAAUAAAACUUUUAUGUGUUAGGUCACGACCUUCUUUCGUAUCAAAAGCGUCCAUCCGUUUAAUAGGUAUAAAUUAAAGUAACGCGUGCGUGUUUGAUAAAGAUGUCGUGAGGUGGAGAAAGACGAACUUGAUAUGUUAGAAAAUUGGCACGUUAUUAAAACGUGUACAGGCAAUGUAUUAUAUGGUCGCCUACGUUUCGGUAAUGUAAUAUAUUAAUAAGGUCAUAAAAACAUUUCCUCUUUUAAGUGUGUAAUGAAACCAUCUUAAAUAGUAAUGUACAAACG